UUUCUUUUCUUUUUUGCUGCAGAAUGUACAAUGUCUUCACUGUCUACUACAACAGCAUCAUCUACACCACCAUCUUCUGUCACAUUCAGUGCUAGAAGAACAGAAUCCCAUGAUAUUCCUAAUAUUGUCAAUCACAUGAAAUAUAACACAGAAAGAUUAUUUGGCAGAAUUAAUGUCAUCUAUCUUUUAGAAAAAGCCAAUCUUGCAGUGACUUUAGUUAAUCAGAAGAAUGUAACUGUUGCUCAUGCUGUAUUUCUGGACUAUCCCAAUUGGGAUGUUGUUGAUCAAGCCAAUUGGGAACAGUACUUAGAACAAAAUUAUGUUGAAAACAAGUGUACGCCUUUAAAUACACUAUUUAUGCAUCUUUUUGUGGCAACAGAUGAAUAUGCUGUUGACUGUUGCCAUGAAAUUAUGACGACUGUUUUUAAAACUAUCCCAGAGCUACAUUUCAUACUUCUCUUUGUACCAUAUGAGGAGGAUUUAGGUAAGAUACGUUGAAGUCCUAAAAGAUUUAGGGAGCUG